AUGAAGCUUCCUUGGAAGCAGCAGAAGAACGCGCACGUCCCGAAGUUCGGCAACUGGGACAACGACGGCAACGUCCCCUACACGCUCUACUUCGACAACGCGCGCAAGGGCAAGGGCGGCAAGCCCAUCAACCCCAACGACCCCGUCGAGAACCCCGAGGCCUUCUCCUCCUCUGUCGUCGCGCCGUCGCCGAACCGCUCCUUCGACCAGGGCAGGCCGGCUCUCCCUCCUGCCUCCCCGCCUCCCGCUCACCACCACGAGCGCCGGCCCAGCGACGCGCCGGCGGUCGCCCCGCCGCUGUCCCCGUACCACCGCAACGCCGGUGGCGAGCCGCCGAGAAGAGGCCCUGGCGGCGGACGGGCAGGCGGAGGCGGGUAUAGCGUGGAGCAGUCGCCGGGGCCGUCCCCGCUGCACCCGUACGGACAGUCGAGGGCCGAGUACUCCGAUGGCAGCGGCUACGGCCUCGUGGCCAACUCCGUGGACCGGUCCCGUGCCAGGGGCGCCUCGCGGGGCAACGAAACGCCGACGAGGGGGUCAGCGGUGCCCAAGUUCGGCGACUGGGACUCCAACCCGGCGUCGGCGGACGGCUACACGCACAUCUUCAACAAGGUGAGGGAGGAGAAGAGCACCCAGGCCAAGGCACCGGGGUUCGGCAAGGACAACGUCGCCUAUGGCAACGGCCGCAGGCAGCACGACGACGGCUACGUCUCCUCGAGUCGCUGGUGCUUUGGGUGGUGCAAGUAG